AUGAAUCAGCAGGUUGAGAUCAAAGACCCUGAAUACAACGGUCAAGUCUUGCCCGGGCUAUAUGGGCAACACACCACUUUCACGCCUUUUCACCAUGGUCAAACUGCCUCUGUUGAUGAGAGCUCAGACGAACUGAAGGAACAAAGGGGCCUAGGCGUGAUGGUCAAUCAUACAUGGUCCGCUGAGGGUGACUCGGCAUAUCUGGCUCAGUACUGCGGUUUCAGAGAUACCCAAGAGCUGACUGCCUACGUCGACAUGAUCGUCCCCGACAUUGUCCAUGAAGCGGCAUUUAUUGCCUCCGACCCAGUCGGGGAACACCAGAGAGGAGCGACAGGAGACGUUUCAACUUUCCAGAAGUUCAUCCAACGAAAUGACUUCUACAACCCUGGCGGACCGCGAUACAGAGGUCGGGUCGGUCAGUACGACUUCACUGACGCAUUCGACAAGCCCAGUCCCCUCGAGUUGCUCAAGGCCUACCACGAAAAUCAAGCAAUUCGCUCCUUCGUCGACCAGGUGGUGAGCUAUUGCCCCAAGCCAACCUUUAUCCCUGCGAGAAACUGGCAUUUCCGUCACGUACGCAGGGAUAUCUUUCAGAACGAGAAGAGGGAGGUGCACCCCGAAGCUUUUGUGCUAGUGCAUGCUGUUCAGCUGUUGUUGUUUGCUUCCCAGGACUGGCGUCCUGAUCGUGUCUAUUCUCGCGACAUGACUCAGUACGAACAUCGAUUCCCCACUCCUGAGUUUAUUGGAGGAGGUACGGACCAAGUUGUCGCCGGUUUGUUCUUCAUGGAGGACCUCCACCGGGCCAUCCUCCUAUUCUACUACUUGGUCGAUCGACGCCAGCAACAUAACUGGGUCGGCAAUGUUCCGGGCCCCAACGGAAUCCAAUUCGCGGGAUAUCACAGCCCAGAUGCUGAAGCCAGCAGCACCGCUACCACUGAUGCUGAACCCGUAGAUGAUGGCGGUCGAGUUGAGACAACGACAUUCGUCUCGCAGUUAGGCCAAUACUGUGCCGUCCAGUAA